AAGGUCAGAAGCAGGAAAGAAGUUGCUGAGAGAGGACCAAGUAGAAGUUCCUGAAUCUUGUAAGAAAGUGUGGUUGGCCAGAGAUGCUCUAACCAAGAAUGCAGCCAAGGGCCCAGCUCCAGAAACUACCUCUGGGCCCUGUUGGCCCCUGUUGUGUGGUUUCUGCAAGUAGGGGUCUACAGGAGUGAAAGGUCAGCCCCUGGGAGGGGUCCUGGGGCCGAGUGAGCUCCUCCCUCUUCGGGGAGCACAGAGCCUUUCCCCUUCAGGCUGCAGCUCAGGAACCACUUCCUCUUUCUUCACUCUGAAGCCAGGAGCCGGCCUGCUGACCCCCGGGUCUGCUGAGCUCCUGGGAAAGAGGAGCAGAUUCCUGAUGCUUUAGCCCACCUGUGACCCCAGGUCGGGGUGACUGAGUGUGCUGGCUGGAGGCCUCUCUCCCUGCCUCAGGGGACCCUGGAGGCCUGCAGGAUGGAGGCGGCGAGUAAGGAGAAGCUGACCUCUGUGUCCAAUCUGGUGACUGCAUUUGAGAACAGCAGGAUGCCAGGAGCAGCGCCCGGAGCCCAUGCACUGGAGACCAAGCAUCACCACCCUGGGGGCGGGCCUCCCCCGCCCACUGGGCCAUGGGAGAAGCCCAGCACAGAGGAGGCCCUGGGGUCUGGGACCAGGACAGUCAGCAGGAGGUACCUGAGCUCCCUGAAGGACAAGCUCUCCAGUGGGACCUGGAGGAAAUCUUGCCACCCCAGGACCUACCCCGGGCCGGGGACACAGGAGCCUGAGGAGAAGAGGAUCGUCCAGGAGCUGCUGGAGACGGAGCAGGCCUACGUGGCGCGACUCCACCUGCUGGACCAGGUCUUCUUCCAGGAGCUGCUGGAGGAGGCCCGCAGCAGCAAGGCCUUCCCCGAGGACGUGGUCAAGCUCAUCUUCUCCAACAUCUCCUCCAUCUACCAGUUCCACGCACAGUUUUUCCUCCCAGAGCUGCAGAGGCGGCUGGAUGACUGGACAGCCACCCCCCGUAUCGGUGACGUGAUCCAGAAACUGGCCCCCUUCCUGAAGAUGUACAGUGAGUAUGUCAAGAACUUCGAGCGAGCCGCUGAGCUGCUGGCCACCUGGACUGACAAGUCUCCUCCCUUCCAAGAGGUUCUCACUCGAAUUCAGAGCAGCAAGGCCUCGGGCAGCCUGACCCUGCAGCACCACAUGCUGGAACCUGUGCAGAGAAUCCCACGCUAUGAGCUGCUGCUCAAGGACUACGUCCAGAAGCUGCCAGAAGAGUCCCCAGACCGGGCUGAUGCCCAGAAAGCCCUUGACAUGAUCUUCUCAGCCGCGCAGCACUCCAACGCAGCCAUCACUGAGAUGGAGCGGCUGCAGGACCUGUGGGACGUGUACCAGCGACUGGGCCUCGAAGAUGACAUAGUGGACCCCUCCAACACCCUGCUCCGCGAGGGCCCUGUGCUCAAGAUCUCCUUCCGCCGCAGAGACCCCAUGGAGCGAUACCUUUUCUUGUUCAACAACAUGCUGCUCUACUGCGUGCCCAGGGUCAUCCAGGUGGGCGCCCAGUUCCAGGUGAGGACCCGCAUCGACGUGGCCGGGAUGAAGGUGCGGGAGCUGACUGAUGCGGAGUUCCCACACUCCUUCCUGGUGUCCGGGAAGCAGCGCACCCUGGAGCUGCAAGCCAGGUCCCAGGAGGAAAUGAUUUCCUGGAUGCAGGCCUGCCAAGCAGCCAUUGACCACAUCGAGAAGCGGAAUGAAACCUUCAAGGCUGCAGUCCAGGGCCCUGAGGGAGACGCCCAGGGGCAGGAGCUGCAGUCCGAGGAGCUGGGCCUGCGGGCGCCACAAUGGGUCCGGGACAAGAUGGUGACCAUGUGCAUGCGCUGCCAGGAGCCCUUCAACGCCCUGACGCGCCGGCGCCACCACUGCCGGGCCUGCGGCUAUGUGGUGUGUGCCAGGUGCUCCGACUACCGGGCUGAGCUCAAAUAUGAUGACAACAGGCCCAACCGAGUCUGCCUCACCUGCUACACAUUCCUCACCGGAAAUGUGCUCCCCGAGGACAAAGAUGAUAAGAAGCGGGGCAUCCUGGAGAAGGGGUCCGCAUCGGGGUCUGAGCAGAACCUCAUGUGCAGCUUCCUGCAGCUCCUCGGGGACAAGUGGGGCAAGGGCAGCACCCGGGGCUGGUGUGCGAUCCCCCGGGAUGACCCCCUCGUGCUCUAUGUCUACGCUGCUCCUCAGGGGCAGCAGACUCUCUGCUCUGGUGCCCUUCUGCCAGCCCUCCUGCCUCGAGGGUGUGUGGGAAGUGGGAGGCAGGACAUGCGGGCCCACACCUCCAUCCCCCUGCUGGGCUACCAGGUGACCGACGGACCCCAGGGGGACCCCCGGGUCUUCCAGCUGCAGCAGUCAGGCCAACUCUACACGUUCAAAGCUGAAACCGAGGAGCUGAAGGGCCGCUGGGUGAAAGCCAUGGAGCGGGCCGCCAGUGGCUGGACCCCCGGGGAAGCCGGUGACGGGGACCUGUCUGACUGAGCGCAGCCGGCUGCCCCCCUCAGAGCCUGGCUCCUGCCACAGGCCGCCCCCGUGGCCUCUGUGACCUGCCACCCAAGCUGAGCUUUACACAGUUGAUUUCUGAUCAUCUGCGCCCAAUGUGUCCGUUGGGAAGGCAGACGUGGUGGCCAAGCGUGCCAGUUUGCCCAGGGUUGAGGGGAUUCCUGGGAUGUGGGACUUUCUGUGGUAAAACC